CAAUCAUGGCAGGAGACAGACGAUGGGUCACCAUCGUCCAGGAGAUUGCCAUUGCGGCAGCCGCUCCCAUCAUGGCCUUCUUCAUCAUGCGAAACCUACUGGCGCGAAUGGACCCCGAAGCUGGUGCCAAAUCAGAGGCUGAGAAGAAGGCUUCAGCUGCCGCUUCUCGCUUCUCUCCCGACGACGACUGCGACGAAGACGAAUAUGACCAAAAGUUGGAAUGGGAGAAGCGCACAGCGAAUUUGACUCUGACACCUUACGAACAAACCAUUGCUAUGGAAGUCGUGUCGCCCUGGGAGAUUCCUGUCUCGUUCAAUGACAUCGGUGGUCUAGACGACAUUAUCGAAGAACUGCGCGAAGCCGUCAUCUACCCUCUCACCAUGCCCCACCUCUACUCUGCUACUAGUUCUCUUCUCUCUGCUCCCUCUGGUGUCCUCCUCUAUGGUCCUCCUGGUUGCGGAAAGACCAUGCUCGCAAAGGCCCUGGCUCACGAGAGCGGUGCCUGCUUCAUCAACCUGCACAUCUCUACCUUGACCGAAAAAUGGUACGGCGACAGCAACAAGCUCGUUUCCGCCGUCUUCAGUCUUGCCAGAAAACUACAACCUGCUAUCGUCUUUAUCGACGAGAUCGAUGCUGUCUUGGGUCAGAGACGCAGCGGCGAACAUGAGGCCAGCGGCAUGGUCAAGGCAGAAUUCAUGACACAAUGGGACGGUCUUACAUCUGCAAAUUCACUGGGCGAGUCUCAACGAAUCUGUGUAUUGGGAGCAACCAAUCGUAUUCAGGACAUCGAUGAAGCCAUUCUCCGCCGCCUUCCAAAGAAAUUCCCUGUCUCGCUUCCCUCGGCCUCUCAACGUCGUUCCAUCUUCUCUCUUACUCUCAAAAACACUCGUCUAUCCCCUCAAUUUGACCUUGAAACUUUGGUCAAGGUCAGCGCAGGCAUGUCUGGUAGCGACAUCAAGGAAGCUUGCAGAGACGCCGCUAUGGUUCCCGUCCGAGAAUAUAUCCGUGAAGCCAAGUCUCGCGGUGCAAACAUGAAGGGCGUCAAGGCCGAAGAUGUCAGAGGCUUACAUACCGACGACUUCUUCGGCAGGAAAGGUGGCGCAUUGCAAAUGAGGACGCAACCCGAAGUCGAUGAGUGGGAAGACUCUAGAGCCAGCCCAGAGACCGUGUCAGAAACUGAUGAUGACCCGCAAACUUCUGUGCCGGCA